GCACGUCCAAGUUUUUCGCACGUGACUCGCGCCUGGGUCGGCUUCGCAAACUGCGCGGGAUAUCUGUAGCGGGUCCCCUGAAGACGAUUUGCUUAAGCACAUCGCUGGGCCCCAUCGCGCUACUGAUCGAGCCGUCGCCUGUGUACGUAACACUGUUGAUGUCCAGUUGUGACGCUCUGUUCGUGCCGAGCAACAUCGACGAGCCCGUUCACGUGUUCCGCCUGUGACCAUGGGAGAAACUCUGGCGUGCGAGUUGGUUGACGCCGGAGCCGUCAAGUUCGGCACGUUCACGCUGAAGAGUGGCAUAACCUCUCCGUUCUACGUGGACCUCCGAGUAUCCGUGAGCUACCCGAAACUACUUGUAUGUAUACUCCAACUUGUCGACCUAGCAUGGAUAUUACAACAUGACAUCGCCGAUGCUGUCGUCGCCAAGAUCAAAGAAGACAAAAUCGAGGGCGACCUUCUGUGCGGGGUUCCAUACACGGCGCUUCCCAUUGCUACGUGUGUGUCGAUGGCAACGGAGCAACCUAUGGUAAUGGUCCGCAAAGAAGUCAAGGCAUACGGCACGAAACGCCCAAUUGAGGGAACCUUCCAUCCUGGCCAGAAGUGCAUCAUUAUCGAGGAUAUCGUCAGCAGUGGAUCUAGCAUCAUUGAGAUUGCUCAGGCGCUUUCCGCAGCUGGCCUGGUGGUGACCGACGCUGUGGUGUUUUUGGACCGUGAACAAGGUGGAAAAGAGAACCUGCUCAAGUGGAACAUUCAGCUACACAGCAUCUUUCGCAUCACGACCAUCAUGAAGAAGCUGGUGGCCAAGAAGCGCCUGAGCGAGGAAAUGGCCAACCAGGUGGCUACCUUCGUGCAGACGGUCAAGGCGCCCCUGGUGCCUUCCCUCGUUUUGCCUUCUCCCAGCAAGGAGAACUAUGCCCACCGGAGCCAGGUUGCCCGCUGCCUGCUUGCCAAACGCCUUCUGGGUCUGAUGGACCAGAAGCAGACCAACCUGGCGGUUGCCGUCGACGUCACCAGCACCGACAAAUUGCUGCAGCUAGCAGACCAGUUGGGCCCACACAUCUGCAUCUUCAAGACCCAUGUGGACUUGCUGGAGGACUUCAGCCUGGACGCCAUGAUGCGUCUGCGGGCGCUUGCCACCAAACAUGACUUCCUGAUCAUGGAGGACAGGAAGUUUGCAGACAUUGGGCAGACGGUGCAAGUGCAGUACACCAGCGGUCCGUUUUCCACGCGGCUCUGGUCGGACAUGGUGACCGCUCACUCACUCCCAGGACCGGGGAUCCUGACCGCACUGCAGCAGGCCAGCGGACCAGAGCAGGCUUGCGUUCUCAUCGCACAGAUGAGCUCUUCCGGCACGCUCACAACCAAGGGCUACACUGACGCCACUGUAAAGAUGGCCGAGGACUUUCCAGACUUCGUGCUGGGCUUUGUGUGCCAGUCGCGAGUCUCCCACAACCCAGAACACAUCCACAUGACACCGGGUGUGCGGCUGGAUGCCAGUGGGGACAGCCUCGGGCAGCAGUACUGUGACCCCGCAUCUGCCGUGACCGAGCGUGGUGCUGACAUCAUCAUUGUGGGACGGGGCAUCGUGGCUGCGGCCAACCCCGAGGAGGCUGCGCUGCGCUACAAGAAGGCUGCUUACGACGCCUACCUGUCUACGCUGGCCGUGAAAUAGUGUGUGCUCUCCCGAUGACUGGUGGGCAUGCUGUGCUUGUAAAGAAGAAAGAAGCCAGUGGGAUGUUUUGACCAGGCCAGGAAUAAAGCUUCUAUGUUUCGA